UUGCUUGAGACUGGAGAUAAGAUAAUGGAAAAACUAAAGGGCUCCCCUCUUGCGGCAAAAACGGUUGGUAGAUUACUGAGUAAAGACCUUAGUUUGCGUCACUGGAAAAGGGUCCUAAAAAGUAAAGGAUGGGAGAAGCAGAACGAUGACAAUGCAAUUAUGCCUGCCUUGAAGCUUAGCUAUGACUUUCUUCCUUUCCAUCUGCAACAAUGUUUUGCCUAUUCUGGAUUGUUUCCUGAAGAUUACAAUUUCAGAAGUGACGAGCUGAUCAGUCUAUGGAUUGGACUAGAUAUUUUGAAACCCAAUGGGCAAGACCAAAUAUUUGAAGACAUAGGUCUGAGCAAUUUAAAUGAGUUAGUCAUCCAUGGAUUUUUCAGAGAAGAGAAAACUUAUUAUGGUAUGCGUUAUGUUAUGCAUGACCUGCUGCAUGAUUUGGCAUUGAAGGUUGCAUCUCAUGAUUGUCUUAGUCUAAGUCUCCCUAGUGUUGGAUCAGUAGAGAUUCAGCCAACCACCCGUCACUUGUCUAUAAGCACAUAUGGUUUAGGUAAAUAUGAUGAAGUGUCUGGUAAAAAAUUGAAGAGUGAAUUGGAAGAACUAAAGACAAGAUUUAAGGUUGAAGAAUUGCAAGCAUUGAUGUUAUUUGGAAAAAUGGAUGAAGGUUUUUUCAAGAUAUUUGGUGAUUUUUUGGGGGAAGUGAACACUCUUCGUGUUCUUCAUUUGCCCAAAAUGCUUUGUCCCGUGGAGUUCAUGUUACAUAACUUUUCGGGACUUCUCCACCUACGAUACCUAUGUCUAGGGACACAUGACAUCCAGAUUCAUUUACCACUUAGCAUCUCUAAAAUUUAUCAUUUAAGGAUUCUAGAUCUUAAAUGGUGGAAUGGCAGUCGUGAUUUGCCUGAUGACAUGAGCAACCUUGCCAAAUUGUGCCAUUCUUAUGUCCCAAAUGAUGAUAAGCUUCAUUCUGAUAUUUAUAAUGUGGGAAAGCUUAAACUCUUAGAAGAGUUAAAGGUAUUUGAAGUCAAUAAAAAAUGUGAAGGGUUUGAACCAAAGCAACUAGAGCACUUGACCAAGCUAAGGGAGCUUGGCAUCUACAACCUUGAGAAGAUAGAUACAACAGAAGAAGCAGCUCAAGCAAAACUGAUGGAGAAAAAUUACUUGAGGAGGUUAACAUUGGACUGGGAUAGUAAGCGAUCUAGUAUUGAUCCUGGUGUGGAAGCAGCGGUUCUUGAGAGCCUUCAUCCACAUGGAGAUCUUCAGGUGUUGUGCAUUAGAGGGCACGGAGGUCCUUCUUGUCCAUCAUGGCUGGGUGAUGAGUUCGCUGCUGAAGGUCUACAAGCUCUUUAUCUGUAUGGUGUUUCUUGGGAAGUUUUUCCUUCUUUAGGGAAGGCGUGGGAUCUUCGUGAAUUAAGGUUUGAGCAUAUUGCCAGGCCGAAGGAGUUUACUAUAGAGAAAAGCUUUUGCAUGCUAAUAAAGUUUGAACUCAUUGGCCUAGGAAGUUUUGAAAAAUGGAUUUUCCCAGCUGAACGAGAUUCUUCCCUGGAUGGAGAGCGGUUGCCAACGGAUGCUCAUACGUUCCCUCUCUUGCAAGUGCUGAUUAUUAAAGAGUGCCCGAAAUUCUUAGAGUUUCCAAUUUCAAACCAUAUUCUUUAUCCUAAACUACAGGAGCUCAAGAUACAGGACUGUCCAGAAUUCUUGUCUCCCAUCUCCUGGACUGAAAGUCUGCGUAAUGUCGAGUUAGCAAAUGUGAAACUAUUAAAGAGGUUUACAUACUCAGGAUCAUCCGGUGGAGCAGAAUUGAAAAUUACCGGAGAGAGUGAUCUGCUUAGCUUAGACCAAGUGUUACUUUUCAGUAAAGAAACAGGUAUUGAGAAGCUGACACUGGACAAGUGCCCACCUCUGGAGUUGAAGCACCUUCUGAUGCUAACCUCGCUGAGGACAUUGAUUGUAAAAGAAUCAGUUGGUCUAGUUGGACCACUAGGAGGAGGUCAGAGUGAUGUGGAAUGGCAGCUCCCUGUUGAGUAUAUCAAGAUCUACAAAUUAAAUGGUAAUACUGGCAAGGAACUGACAGAGCUCCUCCCCCACCUCCCAAAGCUCUCCAAAUUGGUAAUAUGGUGGUGUAAAAGCAUAAAAAAGCUGGUAGUGGGGGUGGAUGUGCAACAAACAACACAAGAAGCAUCAGAGAUGGGGGGAGGUGAAAUAACAGCAGCAGCAGAGGAAGAGGAUGAUGGGGUGCUGCUCCUCCCAGCUCAUCUCUGUGACUCACUACGGGAAUUGUGGUUCAAUUACUGCCCAGAGCUGGUCCUGGUUGACCCUCCAACUCUUGUUCCUGGUGGAGGAUGGCUCCAAGCCUUGCGAUCCCUCCAGAGAUUAACA